ACUUCUACGGCGCGUCUGUGCCAUACCUCCAGUGAGUGCACAGCACAGUGUGCAGCAGCAGCAGCAUAGGAUGUAAUCAAUCCCACAUGUUUCAUCUCUGCGACUCGGGGAUUUUCACUUUGUACGAUUUUUCUCCCCCUUUUUCGUCUGCGAUACUCUUCCUUUUAGCCACCACUCGCCAUACAAGGGAUAUAAGUUACUAGAGAUGACGGGGACUCACUUUCCACCCUGCCAAGCCAAAACUCCGCUCAAUGCGAGCGGAUCCCGAAGUUCAUAAAGGGGAUUAUUUGCAUCUGGGCGCCUGAGAUCUUCGGUGCCUCCGGAUUUUACUUCGGAUUUGGGAUUUAUCGCUCCUCGCCCGGAUGGAAAGCCGUGAUUUCGCUCCUCCGCACCACCUCCUGACGGAGCGGAGCGCGCUGGUUCACAGCGCCGCGUCUCGGAUGGCGUCAGGCGGCCACAGCUCCGUGCAGCACCCCGCUCACUUCCAGCCGGGGAAGUACUACUCAUCCCAUCUCUCCAUGGCUCCGCACUCAGGUGCUUCCUUUAUGGGUUCCUUCCUGUCCAGCAGUUUGGGGUCGCCGGCCUCCCACCCGCCUCACCCCUCGGGACCCGUUUCCUCCCCAUCCUCUCCCUCUUACAGGAGCGGACCUCAUUCGAACGCCUCCCCUAUUUGGUUCCCUCAUUCACAUGAAGGGUACCCCGGCUAUUCAGGAAGUCUUGCCUCCCCUUUUCUUCCCAUGAGUCCCCUGGAUCACCAUAACAACAGUCUGUAUGGGCAGCACCGCUUCUAUGAAACUCAAAAAGAUCACUUCUACCUGAGAGGCCUUCCAACCCAGCCUUCUCUGCUCUCCACCAAUCACAGCCUUCCACCACUCACCAGAACCGCUUCUGGCCACCCGCUCGGCUCCUGCAGCCGAGGGACGGACAGCGCAGGAGGAGGUGUCAAGAGCACCAGGGACACGGGCGAGAAAAUUGUUGCGUCCUUGUCAAAGGAGAAAGAAAGAUCUAGCAGUAAGGAGCGCCACCAGGAAAAUAAAGACAAACACCAGCUUCAUCAUCCUCACCAGACCAGCCCCGCUGCCACUCCAUCAAGCUUCCAUCAUAAAGCCUACCCGCAUCCCUCCCAUGCUCCCCUGCUUCACCUCACAACCCAAAGCAGGGAGGAGGAUUCCAGACACCCUUUGGAGCGUCACAAGGAGCACAGAGACAACAGUGACAGUCAGGGAGGGAAACAUAUGAGUGCCUGUAAACUGUCUAGUGUUUCUGGUACGGAGACUGGCUCCAGUGAAAAAGGGAGCACAUUAAGCAGCUGUAUUGGGGGUGGAGCAGGGAGAACUCCUGCUGGAGGCAGUAGGCGUUGCUAUAAAGAACCCAUAAAUGGGGAGAUGAGGAUCAGCGACUCUUCAACCUCCCCCUCGGAAUGUAUAAGAAGAGGUGCGGCUGCAGCCACAGCCAUCUUGGCACCACCGCACUCUGUGCCCUCCUACUCCAUGCCUCCUCCUCCACCUCCGCCACCCCCUCCUCAUACCUUGCACAUGGGCUCAGCAGUGGUAGGAAGCUGGCUUCACCCACAUCACCAUCCGCAUCCGGAGUUUUACUGCCCCCCAGCACAUAUUACCAUUGUACCCUCCAAAGAUCCACUUUCUGCAGGGUCUAGAAGGGAAGCAAAAGUCUUAGGUGCAACAUUCGUCCCUUCUGUGGGACCGCUGGGAGAUCUGGCAGCCCCUGAGUGCCGUGGAGCAGGAAGUGGUGGUAAAAAGGCAGAGGACAAGAAUGGAGAUGGAUCUCAUGAAAGUCCCUCUCAUCACCUCAGUCGCCUUAGCAGUUGCCAGAAGAAAGACAAAUCCCAAACACAUUUGCAGCAGCUGGGAUACGGCAAGGCUGACAAACUGCCCGACUGGAGCCAACAACAACAGCACUUCCAAAAACAUAAUUCCAAUGCGAGCUCUCAGUCCGAGCUGCGACCCUGCAGCCUGGAAAGAACCUCAUCCCUCCGAGAUGUGGAGGUUGUGGCGGAUGUUUACCGGCCUUCACUUCCACCAGAUGCCCAAGGGACGUACCUUGGGGCUGGACGCUGGUCUGCAUCCAAGAAUGGCUCUCCACCUUUUAAGGACUGCUCUCAAUCAGGAUCUCACUCUGAUGGAAGGGUGGGCUCAGCAGUUCAGAGGGAGGGACAAAAGGUUGCCAGGAUACGACACCAGCAACACAGCAGCCACGGUACAGAAGAAAAGGGACGAGAUGGCGGUCAGGUCACAACAUCUUGGGGUGCUCGAAGAGGGCCCCAGGAGGACCAGAGAAAAGACUCCCGUCAUACAUCUGCUAGCAAUAGUGAUAUGAGGGGACUCGUGAACGUAACCUCUAACAAAGACAGCAACCAGUCUGCUCCUCUAUCCCAUCCCUCAUCACACAACACAGGAGGAGAGGGCAACGCCAUGAAGAACUUAAUGAACUACAGCUCCCAGCAGCCUUUGCUGCUGCCCCAGCGGAGCCCCUUUGGAGGCUUGGGCUGCCUCAAGCAGGGCGGAGAGAGAUCAGAGAAGGGGGAAAGAGGCGGAGGCAAGAACAGCUCCUUACAAGACCCACCCAAACAGUCGCUCCCUCCUCGCAGAGGCUCCUCUAACGAGGGAGAGAAGGGCGAAAAAGGCGGGAGGGAGGCUGGGGAGGCAGGAGAGGGGGAGGUAAGGCAGCCUCCGGUGGGUAUUGCAGUAGCAGUGGCUAGGCCCCCCCAUCGUUCUCCAGACAACACCCCUGGACACAGCAGACAGGGCAGAGUGCUGCCCAGCAUGAAAGGGGUGUCCCGACCCAUGUACCCACUUGGCCGCGAGGCAGAGGAGAGGAAGAGGAUGACAGAGGAUCAGAUCAGUCAUCAUCACCUAGAAAGGGACAGAGAAUUGAUCAUUAGGGACAGCAAGGAUCGACUGGAGUUUGCCAGGAUCCACCCUUCAAGUAGUUGCCACGGUGACCUGACCUCUCACCUCUUGGUGCCUGGAGGCGCGAGCCAGUUGGGGGCAGACGCCGCUGCACAUGCUCACCAGGUUCACCACCACUGGAUGCAGAGAACAGGAAGUCCCUCCCUCUGGAUGGGACAUUCAUAUAGUCUGAACCACGUGGGGAUGAGUGCCAGCUUCCCCCCAGGUUUACCCAGCCCUCUGCAGCCUGUGCUUGGCUCACUCACCCAAGACUCCAGCUCCCCGCUGAUGGUUCUUCCUACAGAGCCUGGGCCUCAUCAUCACCUUGACGUUUUAGAGCAAUCCGGUCCGUGGCCUCCUGUCUACGGAGCCCGUGGGCCCCCUCCUCACCUCCAGCAUCACCCCAUCUACUCUCGCUCUUCAUUCCUACGGCAACAGGAGCUGUACGCACUGCAACAGCAACGGGCCAUGGAACAUUUGCAACGCCAUUCCUUGGGACAGCGAAAACACGAUGAGCAAGUCGCUACGUUCGAAGACGCUCCUUCAGCAUCGCGAACCCCAACGUCAUCCUCUUCUUCCACCACGUCCUCGCACAUGGCCAAACCCUUCUCGCACACGCCUCCCCCACAAAAGACAUCCGCCCCGUCACCGGGGCUGUGUCCCAGCAGUCGUCAGUCACCCUGCUACCAUUCCCCCUCCAGGCGAACGCACCCGCCCAAUCCUCUGACCCCCGCCCCUAGCCCGGCAGCGGCGGCCCCUCGCUCGCCGGCACUCAGCCCUGCGCCAUCGCUUCUACCCAAAGGCCUGGAGAGGACCAGCGACAGGGGGGAGGGACAGCCACCUCAGGACUACCCACAAUCCCUAGAGCCUGACUUGCCACCUGUUUACACCUUCCCUCCACUCUCCAUGGGUUUCAAGGCUGGGCCCUCACCGUCCGAAGCCCGCUUGGCUGAGCAAGCCUCGCAAGAAUCGGAGCCGGCGGAGCCUGACUCAAAGUCUCUCCAGCCUCUUCCCCACAUCCCACCUCUCACUAAAGAUGAGACCAGGAGGGAAGAGGAGGAGGAAGAGGAAGAGGGGAGAGACUGUGAAGUGGUGGAAUCCCACAGUGGACCCCCAGAAGAAAAGGAGGUGGAAAGUCGAGGGGAUGGAUGCUCUCUUCCGGAGCAUGAAAAUACCACUUCUGGCCUGCUGCCUUGCCCUUCCCCAUCUUCUAUCCUGGAUCCAAACGGCCCUGCCACGGCCCCAAGCAAAGCCUUAAAGCAAGCGGAGAUAUUCAAAGACAAUGAGGUUGAGAAGGAAUGUGGAAAAGAGGAACUCGGAGGAGAAAAAAUGGAGUGCGAGCCAACAGACUGCACCGUGGCGGAAGACGAGACAAACGAACAUGAAGAAUUGGUCGUUGACGGUGAAGAAGACAAGCAGAUUGAAAAGAGUCGAGAGCAGCUGAAAGUGUCCGACUCUCCUUCUCCACCCACGGAUGGCUCUCCCCCACUCUCCAUUAGCGCGGCAGCCCAGCAGCAAGGGGCCUACAUGUGGAGCCUGGAGCUUCUCAUUGCCGCCACCCUGUGCGCCACCCGAGAUGCCCUGCACGCACCUGCUCCCGCAGCCCGGGCUCCCAGCCCUCUGCUCCACCACGGUAUGGAAAUCCUGGGAGAACUGGCUGAGCUGGAGCUCCAGCAGAGGAGUCAGGAGAGCAAAGAGAACCCAGAUGAAGGUGAGCGCAUGCUGACCUUCGACCUGCGCAGUCUGGCAACGCUGGCGGCCGCCCGGGCCUUGGAGAUGGGGGGAGGGGCUCCUCACGAUGGCGCCGAGCAACAAUGUCAAAUUCGGGAAAGGCUGAAUUUGCGCAGGAAGUGCAGCUGGACACCUCGUCAUGAGCCGGUGUGUCCGGUGAAAGGCUCCAUGGAGACGAUGGGAGGGGAAGAGCUGGCCAUGCGUGUCCAGCUGGCUGAGCUACAGCGCCGCUACAAAGAGAAACAGAGAGAAUUGGCCAAGCUUCAGAGGAAACACGACCACCAGAAAGAGGAGACGUCUCGCAGCCCUGCCCGCAGGGGGCCAGGUCGGCCCCGUAAGCGCAAGUCCGUGCAGGCUCCAGACUCCUCCAAAAGACUCCGGGCUGGUGUUAAUUUGCAGGAUGAAGAGCGAGUCAGAAAGAAGCAUGACUUCAGCAGCCUCAGCGCCACACAGUUAAAAGCGGGCUGUAAACACAGAGGUCGACCCAGCGCCCUGAGUUCCGGGCUGGCGAAGCGGGUAUGCCAGCUGAAGCAGAAGGACGCAGCCCAGCGUGCCGCACCGUCAGCGGGCAUGCUGCACUGCAGAGUGGCCGCUGGGCCAGAAGAAGGGCCCAAGAGUCACUGUGGACACGCAGGAGCAGACCCACAACAGGAAUGGGGGGCCAGUCAGACCGUGAAGAGAAAGAGGGGUCGGAAACCGAAGGCGUUGGUGAGCUCCGACCUAAACAGAGCUCCGAGCUCAAACCGUGCCUCUGAGAAGCAGGAAGUCAGCGAGAGUUCAGGACAUGAGGACGAGGAGGACUGCAGCUGCAACAGCGAUGAGGGAGCCAAUGACAUCAGGAUUAGCUCAUCUUCCAAAGAAGCCCCUUCAAACUGUACCGACCCUUUUUCUGCGCAGUCCUCUCGGCUGCACUCAAACCAGAAAAACAGUACUAAGAAACCAGGACCUCCAGGAAAAUUGGCCAUCGCUGACCAGAGAAAGGCCCACAGGAAGCACUGCCUGGCCAACUGUAAAAGUGAACAUCCAGGUCACCACGGGUCUCGAAGAGCUUGUCUUCCCAGCUGGGCGGCCUCUUCAACGGGCUGCAGUUUUGGGGACGGUCGGGUGAACCAUGGAGCUCUAAUAGAAGAUAACAGGAAUUGCAAGGAUGCAACGAGGAGAGACUCAGCAGUGCACAGUAAUCUGGGAAAGGCAAUUCCUGAUGACAGUGAGGCAGGCCCUAGUCAUUCAAGAGAGGAUCUGCCCGGGGUCAACCACAGUAGAAAAAGACUGCAUGAGGAAGGCGAGACAGAAGAAAUGCAGACAGAAGAAGCAGGGAAAGAACAAAGAAAGACAGGAGGCGACAGAGAGAGAAUGGAAGUGGACAUGAUAAUGACGUAUACAAAGUCAAAUCAAUGUGACGCUAAAGUUUUUCAAAAACGAUUGCUCAAAAACCGUACACUGACAAUUAAAAAAGCAUGGUAUGAGAAGUAUCCCUGGCUGCAUGUUAGUAUGGGUACUGGUGGUGUUCUGUGUUUUCACUGCUCUAAAUACUUUCAGACAGCGGCGCAAGCCGAGAGCAUAGACCCAGCUUUUGUCAACACUGGAUUGAAAAACUGGGAAAAAGCACUUGAAAAAUGUUCCAUGCAUGAGAAAACAGAGGGUCACAAACUGGCUAUUACAACUGCCGCGCAUGAAAACAGUCCAGUUACUCCUAAGUUGAUCAGUGCAGUCAGUACAGCGCAGGCAGAAAACAGAGCUUGUCUCUUAAAAAUAAUCGGGGGUGAGAUGUUUCUGGCGAGGCAGGGCUUGGCCUUUAGAGGACAUGGACAUCAAGGUAACCUUGACCAGCUUUUGAAAUACAAAGCUGAAGACGAUCAGUCAUUCAGUAGGUGGUUAUCCGCGAAGGCGGGGGUGCACACAUCCUGGGAUUGUCAAAAUGAGCGGAUAAAUUUGAUGAGCUCAUCAAUUAUCAGGAAAAUUGCAGAUGAGAUCCGGUCCUUACCAGUGUUGCAGUAUUCCAUCAUCAUCGAUGGGACGAGGGGUGUCUCUGGUGUAGAGCAGGAGGUGAUGUGCCUACGUUAUGUUGACAAAGAUUUGCUGGUGCACGAAGACUUCAUAGGGUUGUAUGAAGCAAGUUCUCCGACAGGUGAAAACCUUGCUAGCACCAUUUUGGAAGUUAUGUUGAGGCUGAGUUUGCCAAUAUCUGGCCUCAGAGGUCAGGCAUAUGAUGGAACUUCGAAUAUGUCUGGAAAGUACUCUAGUGCCCAGGCUGUUAUUCAGCGAGUGCAGCCACUAUCACCGUACAUACAAUGUCGAGCACGAUACAUCGAUUCAGUUACUCAACAAGCUUGCUCAGCCUCGUGUUUUGUGCGAAACGCGAUUGACUGGAUACGUGACCUUGGCACAUUUUUUGGGCAGUCUGGUAAGGUGAAGGACGAGUUUAAAGCUAUUGUUUCAGCCGAAGAACAAGGACCAGCUGUGUCCGUCAGGCCUUUAUGUCCCACGAGGUGGACUGUACGCUCACGAGCUAUCCGUGCUGUUCUCAGCCAAUAUGGGAUGAUACUAAGUGCACUAGAUGAUAUGGCCGCGAGUCAGUCUGACUCCGCAAGCCUGGCAGAGGGCUUAUGUGUUCGACUACAAAAGGGUAACAUCGUACUGGGACUUCUGCUUGCUUUAGAUGUGAUCAGUGAACUCGAGGUUCUAAACACAGCUCUCCAGAAUAAGAGUCAGACAAUGGAGGGCAUUCUCUCUGUAGUCUCCUUGGUCCAAGACGGCUUGAAAUCCAAAAGAAAUACCGAACACUUUGAGGCGGUCUUUAAGGAGGCAGAGGACAGGUGUGGGAAUCUGUCUCUAGAGACCAUUGUUUCACCCCGCACACUUGGACUCCCAAAAAUAUAUUCUGGGCAGGCUCCUGGAUCUGGAUCAACUGUGGAUUUUUACAGAGUAGAAUUCUACCGUGUCCUAGACACAGUAGAUGCACAAAUUACCGAGAGGUUUAUGGAACCAGGCAUUCAAACAUUUAAAGAACUGGAAAACUCACUCCUGACCCCCAUUACAAAUAACGCAGCAGUUCGCAGAUAUCCUGAACUAAAAGAGGAAGACUUGAGAGUCCAACUGGCCUUGUUUAAAAUCAAGUGCAAGAUCAACACAACUGCAGACGCCGUGCAGGCUCUGAAGGAAAUGCCCCCAGAGCUCCGUGUCCUGUUUGAUCAGGUAGAGACACUAGUGAGAUUGUUGAUGGUGGUUCCCAUAUCAUUUGCUGAGGCAGAGCGCAGUUUUAGUGGGUUACGCAGAUUGAAAACGUGGUUGCGAUCAACCGUGGCUCAAAAAAGACUCAGUGGCAUUGGUGUGUGCCACGUUCACCACGAGAGGCUUGAUAGACUGGACAGACAAGAAAUUGCCCAGCAGUAUGUUCAGGGUGAUGAAUGGAGGCGAGAUGUUUUUGGGUCCUUCGUUGAGUCUACUUCGAGACAGUAAAUUUGCUUAGCUGCAAAUUCCUGGUAAUACUAUUUAUGUCGUUUAAAAUGUGAAUUUCUUGGACAGCAUAUAUGUCAAACUCAGGCCCGGGGGCCAAACUUGGCCCACGAUGUAAGUAUAUUUGGCCCGCAAGACCAUAUCAAAUGUGUAUUAGAGCUGGCCCGCCAGUAUAUAGCACAUGCGGCACUAAUAUUACAAAUGCUCUGCAAGUGUGUUGGCUCAUCAUUCUAGACCGGCGAGCGCCCCUUCCCUUUCUGUUGCAGUCGUUAGCAACUAUGCUGCCAGUCUCCUUGAGCAAAUUUACAUUUCCCCUCCCCAAAAAUGGCCCAACGAAAGAUGGAAAACAGUUCACUUCCAAGACAGCUGGGAGGCAGAUUGUCUGUUCACUAAAGUAGAAGACAGACCUAUUUGUCGUGUGCGGAGCAACGUGGCUGCAACAAAGAAUAUAAAAUAAUUGAAUUUUUAAUAUUUUUUUUAAAUGCCCUUUAUCAACUUCUAGGCAGGGACUAUUAAUAGUUUGAAGUUUGGAUUUUAUUGAAGGACAGUCUUAUUUUUUUAGGUGGUUCUGUUGUUGGCCUUUGAAAAAAGGUUUACAUAAAAAAAAAGGUAGUUGGAGAUAAGAUAAUACAAGAUGGAAAUAGAAGAUGGAAAAACAGAAGAAAUCAUGUUAUCUAUUUCAAUACAAACCAAACAAAUACCACUGAUGUCUUUUAUUGCAAAUUUGAUUUCUCGUGUUUAUAAUAUUAAAGUUUGCUUAUUCCAGAUGUAGUGGCUACACUGGGCUGACUUUGGUGCGGGCAGCGUGGGUUCAGUUCCCACUCAGUGACGGUGCGAAUGUGCCCUGUGACUGACUGGCGACCAGUUCAGGGUGUAGUCCGCCUUUCGCCCGAAGUCAGCUGAGUUAGGCUCCAGCGUCCCGCGACCCUAACCAGGAUAAGCGGUGUUGAAAAUGGAUGCAUUCCAGAUUCGGUGUUUAAGCAAAAUGUAAGUUCGUUUUCAUAUGAUAAACUUUAACGCUACAUUUCUGCAGAGAAGGGAAACGUGCACAUCUCAAUGAUUUCUCAUUAAAUAUUGAGUUUGGCCCGUGACGUUGUCCCCAUUUUUUAUUUUGGCGCACUGUGAAUUUGAGUUUGACACCCGUGUUGUACAGUAUAUAUAGUUAUUUCUAUUCAUGUACAUAUGUUGUUGUUUACACUAAAAUUCAUAAAUGCAUGAAAUUUCCAGACAAAUAGGUUCCAUCAUAGUAAGCCUUUGAAUAAAUUCCCUGUCAAAUGAAUGUAUGUCUUUUCCAUUUGACAGACCUCAGAGAUUUUUUGUGAACAAUCCUGCAAAAUUUGAAUGAUUAAAAAGUAUAUAAUAGCCAAGUAUAUAAUAUCAGGCUUCAUAAUCAUGAAAGAUUUUUCAGUUCUCUUCUCUUCAAUGCGGUCAGCGUGUCCGCUGAAUACACUAAAAACACGCCCUUCUCAACUGUCAAUUGAAUACCAAUUUUACCACUUGGGAAAAUGGAUGGUACUUUGUCUAGCGUCUUUCUCAUGCCUACACAUAACUACAUAUUGAGCCGUGAAAAUAGUUUAGUCUCCAUUGACUGGAAUAUAUGCCACCGAGUCCUCACGACUACGGGGCGCUCUAAAGCGACCACACCAGCGGACUAUCCGAAGGAAAGAUGCUUUUUUCACGGUGAAGGCAUAGCUAAUUAGCUAACGGCACGUCACAAUUGCGCAGGGUAACCGCUGAUGCUAAGAGGCUGAAGUUUUUCUAUAGUGGGGUCGGGUCUUUAACAAUUCAUUAUUGUUUCGCCAUGAUUUCAAAUAGCAAUUUUCCAGUGGCUUAGUGCAAACCACUAGCCCGUAGGCUAUUAUGAAAAUAAGUACUUGAACUAGUGAAAGCAAUAAAGAAUUCCACAAAAAUAAUUCAUUGCGUUUAAAUCAUUUGCUGACGGCUUGGUCCCUUUCAGUUCAAAAAUCCCAUCUGCGCCCCUGCUGCUGUGGUGUCCUUGAGCAACAAACUCAAUUGUCUUUAUUUCCGACUGAGACCACAGACUGCGUUUGUGUAGAGAGAGGCUAUAAAACCUCUAUCGUGCAAUGCAGCUCUGCACGACUGAAACUAUUAAAAAUGUUCAAUUAUAAAUUGCAUAUCCUUCCAAAUAUGCAAGUGAAUCCUAAUGUUAAUCAUGGCAAACCACAGACAUCAUACACAUCUUCCCCCCUCAGGGGCUGUGAGCAUUAUAGGGGGGAAAAAUCGGACCAAUCCCACUGGAUGCUUUGUAAGUGCUUUGAAGCGAUGCUAUGACAUCAUUUCCUGCAUCGUUGGCUUUUCUGUCCACAAUCAAAAGUAAUAGCUGAGCCUCGCUAUUUGAAAGCUGCAUUUUGCUCUUUGAAUUGGAAUCUGUUAAGAGGUGGUGCUGCUAUUACGAAAGCUAAACACAAGUGGAAUAGUAGAAGACAAUUUUUUUGGGGAUGGAAUGCAACCAUUAAUGUCUAUAUUUUUCCCAACAUUCA